AUGCCCGCUACAUUGGCCACAGAGGGUAUCGUGGUGAACUACGAUGUUGUUGCCAGUUUAAUUGUUGUAAAACCUCACGAUGUUGUCUCGGUCAGAUCCGAUCCUCCUCGGAAGGUUCUCGAAGAGGUCAAAAAAAUCACGAAUAAAAUUUGCAUGUUAAAUAUGGCAAAACGUAUAGUUGGCUUCAGAGGUUAUGCGAUGGGCUUUUCAACGUUGUUGGAAAUUUGA